AUGGACGUUCAGCAGGUCAACUCGAGGUCCAUCCACGAGGAGCCAGACACGGUGUACCAAGUCGAGGCCGAUGCUGCUGCCUCCGAAAAGUACCCCACCGCUGCUGAUGCCCAACAUGGUGCGGACGGAGGGCAGGUCGAGCGACAGGCGACGGCCCUCUCGAGCGCCUCGUACGAGGAAAUGUAUCCGGAAGGCGGCUGGGCGGCAUGGCUUGUCGUGCUGGGCGCCUUCUUUGCGCUCUUCUCGGCCAUGGGCCUCAUGAACAGCAUCGCCAUCUUCCAGGCCUACACGCUGGACAACCAGCUCAAGGGCUACAGCGAAGGCACCGUCGGCUGGAUCUUUUCCAUUUACACGUUUCUGGCCUUUUUCGGCGGCGUCUAUUUCGGGCCCAUCUUUGACAAGUACGGUCCCAGAUGGCUCACGAUUAGCGGCGCCGCCUGUGUAACGGGCGCCAUGGUUGGCAUGAGCUUCUGCACCGAGCUCUGGCACUUCAUCCUCUCGUUUGGAAUACUCGGCGGCCUCGGCACGUCACUCAUCUUCACGCCGUGCAUCGCCGCCGUCGGACACUGGUUCAAGGCCCGCCGGGGAUUCGCCACGGGCAUCGCCACGUGCGCCGGCGGACUCGGCGGUAUCAUCUUCCCCCUGAUGCUGACGGACCUGUUUACGCGCAUCGGAUACGGCUGGGCCACGCGCGUCGUGGCUCUCAUCUGCCUCGUGUGCAGCUGUAUUGGUGUCUGCCUCGUGCGCUCGCGGCUGCCGCCUGCGCAAAACGCGACGGCGCACCCGGACCCGCGCAUCUUUUGCCAGACGCCGUUUACGCUGGCCACGAUUGGCAUCUUUUUGCUCGAGUUUUCCCUCUUUAUCCCCCUCGCCUUUAUCUCGACGUAUGCCAUCCACAUGGGCUUCAGCCAUGAGUUUGCGUACCACCUCAUUCCCAUUAUGAACGCCGGCUCCGUCGUCGGUCGCUCCCUGCCCGGGUACUACUCGGACGUCAUUGGCGCCUUCAACACGUGCCUGCUGUCGGUCGCCCUCUCGCUCGCCGCGUGUCUGUGCGUCUGGCUGCCGCUCGGCCAUACCAGCGCGGGCGUCAUUAUCUUUGCGGUGCUCUUUGGCUUCGCCAGCGGCACCAGCAUCGCCAUUGCGCCCGUCUGCAUCGGCCGCAUGUGCAAGACGCAAGAAUACGGCCGCUACUAUGCCACCACGUACACGGUUGUCUCUUUUGCCUGCCUGAUUGGCAUCCCUAUUGGUGGGAGCAUUGUCCAGGCCAACGGUGGCCAGUAUAAUCAGCUCAUCAUCUUUACCGGCUGCAUCUACGUCGGCUCUGCCGCGUUCCUUGUCUGGGCCAAGGCGGCCAAGCUCGGCUGGCAGCACUGGCUCGCCGCGUACUAA